UCUCUUCUCUGCGAUUUUUUCCGCUCUCUACAAAUUCUAGACGAAUACAUUUGAUUUCUCAGUUUCAGUUACAUUUCUAGAAGCAAAAUUUGCAUACACAACGCGACUAUCGAAAUCUGAAAUUCUAACAUAUCGAUUCAGAGCAAUUCCAGAUUUUCCUAUUUUUGCUUCUUCACAGGAGAAUUUGUUCGGAAUGCCGCCGGCGGUGGGCGUAGCAGCACCAGCAGCGCAGGGCGAUCGGGCGGCCUUCAAGCCGGCGGUGGUUCAGCAGCCUCAGCAGCCGAUGAUGACGGCGGCGUCGGAGGCGUUCGCGAAGGACGCCAUCAUCGCGUGGUUCCGCGGCGAGUUUGCGGCGGCGAACGCGAUCAUCGACGCGCUGUGCGGGCACCUGACGCAGCUGGAGGACGCGGCGGCGUACGAAUCGGCUUUCGCGGCGAUUCACCAGCGGAGGCUGAAUUGGAUUCCGAUUCUCCAGAUGCAGAAGUACUUUUCCAUCGCCGACGUGGCGGCGGAGCUGAAGAAGGUGGCGGAGAAGAAGAGAUCGGAGGUGACGAUUGGUUGUGCGGCGGCGGCGAUCGACGGGGAAGAGAAACAGAGAGACGAUAAUCAGGGAAAUUCGUUGGUGAGUAAUGAAAACGGCGGAGGUGAAGUAGUUGACGAAGAUUUCUCGUCGGAGAUCACAGAUACAGGGUCUCAGGAAGUGCAACCCUUCUCAGAACCUGUUGAUAUCUGUUCUAACCAUGAACAGUGUGAGGCACGCCGUGCCCAGAUCAAGAUGACAAAAGGUUUUGUGGCAAAGGAACCAGUGAAAGGGCACAUGGUGAAUGUUGUCCGAGGUCUUAAGCUAUAUGAUGACAUAUUCACUGAUACUGAGCUAUCUAAACUGAAUGACUUUGUUAAUGAACUCCGAGUUGCUGGUCAGAAUGGUGAACUGUCAGGAGAAACCUUCAUCUUAUAUAAUCAGCAGACUAAGGGGAACAAGAGAGAGCUGAUUCAGCUUGGCGUUCCCAUUUUCGGACACGUUAAAGAAGAUGACACAAAUACAUUCCAAAGAAACUAUAUUGAGCCGAUCCCAGCUCUACUCCAAGGUGUAAUUAAUCACUUGAUUCAGUGGCGUUUGCUCCCAGAUAAUAGGAAACCAAACAGCUGUGUGAUCAACUUCUUUGAUGAGGGGGAAUACUCUCAGCCUUUUCUGAAACCACCCCACCUGGAGCAGCCUCUUUCCACCCUCCUCCUAUCUGAAUCAACAAUGGCCUUCGGCCGCAUGCUUGUGAACGAUGGUGAAGGAAAUUACAGAGGGCCUCUCAUGCUCUCUCUAAAAGAAGGGUCUGUUUUAGUGAUGAGGGGAAACAGCUCGGAUACAGCAAGGCACGUCAUGUGCUCCUCCCCAAUCAAGAGGGUGAGCAUCACUUUCUUCAGAGUCCGAGCAGAGGUAGAAAGCCACGCAUCGUCAGAGAUGACCACUUCGUCCAAAGCAAUGACUCUUUGGCAACCCGGCGUCCCUAUGCCAAAUAGUUAUGGGCCGGUUAACAUGAUGCCCAAAUGGGGCCUCAUCCGUUCUCCCAUGGUAGUGCUAGCAGCCGCCCCCAUGCGCCCGGUGAUUGUGAACCCUAGAAAGAUCCAACGUGGCGGUACUGGGGUAUUCUUGCCAUGGAACGGCAGUUCGCGGAAGCAUGCAAAACAUCUCCCACCGCGUGCCCAGAGAGGACGGUUUCUGUCUCUACCUCCUCCAGCCGACGCUAAUAAACCCGAGAACUGAGACAAACAACUCUUGAAAGAUACAAUUGGUGUAAGUUGAGGUUUUAUAUAUUGCAUUUUCUAGAGUAAUUUGGUGAGGAACGAGAUUGUGUUUUAUCUUCUUCUUUGUCGGUUGUAGACGGCUAUAGGGUGUUAAUGUUGGUUACAUACACAUGUGGUCAUGGUGAAAUGGCUAGAGGCUCCGGAAAUAGUUGAGCUUGAAGCUAAGAGGAUAUCAUAUUGUAUCGAAUUUCUUUCUUUUUGGGAUUACUACUAUAUUUAUGGCUCCUUUCUUUA